UUCUACUGCCAGUUGAUCUAUCAUAUCUUACUGAAUUGCAUAUUUUCAGUUUUAGAUUUGAAUUAACAUUCUUAAAAUAAUGACUUUGAAGGCUAAGUUAAUGUCACAUCAGCAUAUUUCGUUUUAUGUUUCAUGUUUUACAGUAGAGUAACUGUUUGAUAGCAGUUAAUGAUUGGCGAUGACUAAAAAGGUGGUUUAAUAAGUAGGAUGCAGAACUUUUGAAACACGCUUCAGAGUUUCAGAACAGACAUAAAUACCACAAAUCUAGGUCAUUGCCCCUUAAAAGAGCAAGCCGACUCUGAGAAAACAAGGUUGACAUAAAAAAAAAAUAGGCUUGUAACGUUAAGUAUCGUUGAGGAGAAUGCUGACUAUGUACAGAUAUCGCAAGCUUAUCAUUUUCUGAGGGAUGAUCGUAUGGAAGGAAACCCACUUUUUGUUCUGACUACAUGUUGGUUUGCUUCAUGCAAAUGCAUCUGAGCGAACAGAGACGACAGGAGAAGACGCUGAAGGACUAGGCAUGAAGUGUGGAGAAAAAUAUCUGACUCAAUAUUCACUGAUCAUCACGGAGAUCCAUAAGAAGAAAGGCAUGAAAUGGAUUUUUUUAUCAGAGCCUGGCAGGUGGUCUUCUUUCUCCUUUUCUUCUGCAAAUUCUGUGACUUCUACAGCAUCAGUUGUGUUGGAAAAAUGAUAGUAGAUUCAAAUGUUAUCCACCUAGGCUCCAAUAUGACUGUAGGCUGCCAGACAAACACCGAGCGCUGUGGCAGACGCUUUGCCAUUACCUUUAAUGGACAGAUCAUUUAUAAAACAAUUAGUUGCUCUGUUAUAAAAACACAAAUAGUCAUCAGUCAGCCCCGUUUUUGGCUACACUGCAGGGUGAAGGAGGGAAACAGUUGGCACACAAUUUGCGGACAAGAUUUCAAGGCUGGAUACCCACCAGGUAAACCGAAAUUCAGCUGCGUCACAUACCAAAAUUCGGAGUACAUUAACUGCUCUCUGACGGUCACAACUGAGACAUAUUUAUUUACAAGUUUCACAGUGACAUUUCAUGACGGUACAUCCCAGUUCUUUCAGUUUGCGAUGAACGAAGAUGGUCAUGUCUCUAUUCCACGAUCACGGUUUGUUGAGAACGUGACAUAUAAAGUCCAUAUAAGAGGUGUCAAUGCAUUAGGAGAGUCACACUCUACUUUCAACUUCUCAAUCUGGGACAUUGUGAUUCCAAGAACGCCAGAUAUAGCACGUGUUGUGUUUGAAAAUGGGACUCUUUCUCCUACAAUAUGCGGGGAUGGCUCAGAAGAUAUGCUGAAACCAAUUUUGAGGUUUAGAAAAGCAAAUGAUGACCAGGACUGGGCCCAGGGAAGUGUGAAGGAGCUCCGAGCUGGGUGUGUUCUGAUGCAGGAAGCCUUAGAACCGCUGAUGCCCUAUCAGUUUGAGUUAAGAGUGUGUGCUACUGCAACAAACUGCAGCAUGUGGAGUCAAACCUUCAAUAUGUCCAGCCCAGGAAUUGCACCCUCGCACAAACCUGAUGUGUGGAGAGUCAUCAACAGGAGCAGUACCCAUGGACCUCUAAAUGUCACAGUGUUGUGGAAGAGCUAUAAACCAGAAUAUCACAGUGGAGAUUUGCUACAUUAUAAGUUAACUUAUAAAGAAGAAGGCAAGAUCCAUGAACUGAAUUGCUCAGCUCAUGUCACUCAUCAAACUCUUCAGCUGAAUGCAGCAGAGGUCAUCGUCAGUGCUGUGACAACCGCUGGUUCCUCCCCACCUGCACCUGUCAGCUUGAUAUAUACACAUAAACCAGCCCCCAUGAUAACACAUUUAGUUCCAGCAGCAGAGGGCAGUAUGCUUCUAGCAUGGGACGUGUCUCAUUACAGUGAGAAGGUGAAGGGCAUUCUGGGUUUUGUUGUGCAGUGGCAACAGAGCCCAAUGCACUUACAAUGGAAGAGAUUAGAAAAAGACAGUAAUUUUACAUUCCUACAAGGUAUGCAAGAUGGUGUCCUGUAUAACAUUUCAUUAUUUACUGAAGAAGCCAGUGGAGUUUCAGACCCUGCAUUUGUUCAGGCUUAUGCAAAGGAAGAGAAGCCUCUUGCUGGUCCAGAUGUAUCAAUUACCAAUAUAGGGAAAAACCAGAUUUUGAUCCAAUGGGUUGAGCUUAACCAAAAAAAACAAAGGGGAUUUAUCACAAACUACACCAUUUACUUCCAAAGACACAGAGACAAGAAACUUCUUCAGAACCAAACUGUGCCUUAUGCAUUUCCUAGACGUUUGAUUUGGGAGCUGCAAUGUCAGCGGGAGUGUUUCGAUAUCCUGGUCUCAGCAUGGAAUUCUGCAGGUGAAGGGCCAAAAGGAAAACCGGUCACUUGCUCAGGCAACACAAGAGGUGCAUUUCCUUAUGAAACAGGUGGAAUGAUAGCUGGAAUUUGUUUGGCUGCUGCUGUUCCUAUGGUGAUCCUGGCCAACCUUAUGUACCUGAAAUGUGUGCGGCAAAGAAUGAUGAAAAUGUGCAUGUCCAUUGGAGUUUCUUGGAUUUUCGAAAAUCUACCGAAAUUUGAUAACAGCAAUGCUAUAAAGCUACUAAAGGACGACAGCUAUGGCCCUUGGGGAGCUCUUCCUGUAGACUGCGAUCCUCCCUUAACUCCCAUUGAGGAAGUCAGUAUGUCUUUGGAGAGGCAAGACUCUUAUCCAACUGUGCUUCAUGUCACAGAAACGCCUACGACGGACCUGUUUUCCAUUGAUUCUCCUUAUAAACCUCAGUUAUUGACCGCUUCACAAAGAAAUGAAGACUUCUCUGAGACUACAGAUGAAGAGCUAAAGGAAGAGGACCAAUUCCCUUUGUUGGUAUCUCCAUCACAUCAUGACUUCAGUUGGGAUUUAUCCUGUAUUCCCGUGAUAAAUGGACGUCUUAAUAGUUUCUUAGCUAUGGAUGGAGCGCUGGGAUCUCUGGGCGUUCUUGAAGAUCUCCUCGCUCCCCCUCAGACAGCCUUUAAUAAGGACGGAGGAGUGGAAGAGAAUGAGAGGACUGUGGAAACAGGAGACCAGAGCACUUUCACAAGUCAAACUGUGCUACCAAAUGACCUGGAGAGCUGUCUCAGAGGGCCUGUCUUGAAUUUCAGCCCGUAUUCUCCACAAGGGCUUUGUCGCAGUUUUUCAGUUCCAGAAGAGGAUUAAGCACACUCUAAGAAGUACACACAUUUUUAAGAAGUAUCAUGCGGGAAGAACUAUAUACGCAUGGAUGUGAUUUGACCAUAAACACAAGCAUAUACAAGAUCUUGUAUGACAGCAUCUUGUACAUAAAGCAUUAAGUUUUUUCAAGGAUUUUACAGUGAUGAUACUUUAUUUUCUCUGUAUUGUCUGCUAUAUUGUGGCUUUAGUCAGAUAUAUCUACAUCACACUGUGGUUUCCACUCACUGUGCAGAUAAUAUGUAAAGUAAGUUGUACUGUAUGUUGCUGCUAGAUGUAUUCAUACCAACUUCUUCCUUUCAAAUACUGUUCUGACACAAAAAGAAAGACAUAUGACUGACACACUGCACUUUUUUCUUAAUUGUAUUGAAUGUGCACUUGUAGUGUACUUAAAAUCUCUGUUUUUAAACAAAAAAAACUGUACUUGUAGAUAACAUAAUAUUAACUAAAUGAAAAGCCAUUUAUGUGAAGUAUACAAUUUCUGUGAUACUAGUCAUAAAAUAAAGAAUAUUUUCAAACUUUUGAAAAUUCCCUUAAGAGUAUUUUCAUCCUGACAUCUUAUGUUAGCUGGGGCUUCAAAGUAAAGAGUUAAAGGGGUCAUAACUGCCUUUUUAUUAUUUUUUUCUGUUCUCUGAGGUUCAAUUAUAAUGUUAAGAUUUUUACAUCAAAACAUAAUUUAGAAGAAAUAGGCUAUUUUCUGUCUUGUUUUGCUCUGUUUGAAUAAGCAUGGCAGAUUGUAGAUGCAGAAGUAAACUUCUAUGAUUGGCUAACAGUUGUGCAUGUUUGACAGCCUACAUCCUUCACAGAUAGACUGUGAUUUCAGUUAAAGCACAUAAAUAUUCUGUACAUAUCAAAUGAUCUGUAAUAACAGACAAA